UUUGGGUUUCGAUCUUUGGAUGCUGUUUUGAUUUCUCUCUUUCAUUUAAGACCUCACUCAUAGCGCAGUUCAAAUUCCUAUUUCUUUAUGAUCUCUGUUGUGUGGGGAAGUAGAAUUAUCUAGUGGUUUAAUAGAGGAAGAAUGUGUAUUCUGAAUAACAAUAAUGAGUGGAUUUGAUAUGCGUGGAGAAGAAACGGGUGCGGGGAAGAGAGAGCUUAGAGAUUAUUUAGCUUCACAGCGUGUUCAUGCCCGGCAUAGGCGCUCUAGAAGUUCUUCAGACAGGAACUCCAAUGUCUUUAGAGGUGGGGUUCUGCAUUCCAAUAAGAAGAAUGACCAAAGUGACGCACAAGCAUCCCCACUUUCUACAAGUGGUAUUAGAGCCCAAAGUCCUCUGCAUGAGAGUUCUACUAAAUUCAAUGAUAAUUCAUCAUCUAAACACAGAGCGUCUUUGGAAAAUGAUAUUGAGCUGCUACAGCUGCGCUUGCAACAAGAGAGAUCCAUGCGAAGUAUGCUUGAAAGGGCAAUGGGUCGUGCAUCAAGUACUUUAUCUCCUGGGCACAGGCACUUAGCCCAGACAAAGGAUUUGAUCACAGAAAUUGAAUUACUUGAGGAAGAGGUCGCAAACCGUGAACAGCAUGUGCUCUCCCUCUAUAGGAGUAUUUUUGAACAAUGUGUUAGUAAGCCAUCUUCUCAGCAAAAUUCUGUCACAGCUUCUCCAGCUCAUGGGAAGCAUGAAUCAAGAAAGCACCCAAGUGUCAUUUCAAGUGCAUUUUGUUCUUCAAAGAAGUUUCCUUUAGGACCUUUGCAACCCUUCUCUGUAAACGACUUGGGAAAAAGAACCUCAAAUGCUGGUCCUAAUUCCUUGUUUGGCGGCAAAAGCAACAUAAAUACAGGAAAAACUUCUUCAGGCACUUCAAAGGUUCGUGAAACAAUUUCACAGGUGAAGAGAACUUCUCUUCGAACUCUAAAGGAUCAUCUUUUUGAGUGUCCAAGCAAGUUAUCGGAAGAGAUGGUGAGGUGCAUGGCUGAUAUAUACUGCUCUCUGCAUAGGGUGGCAUCAAACAAGGCUCAAAAAAAGAGAGGUUCCCUCCCCGAUGUUAAACAGCCCCAAUGUGGACCUUUGGAGGAACAAUGUGUGAGUGGGAAAGCAAUGCUGGAAAUACAUUGGAUAUCAACCAAUAACAGCCAGUUCUCUCGUGCCUCGUUCGCAAUUAACACGUAUAGAGUAUUAGUUGAGCAACUGGAAAAAGUGAAUGUCAGUAAAAUGGAGAUUGAUGCUCAAACUGCAUUCUGGAUAAAUGUGUAUAAUGCUCUUCUAAUGCAUGCAUAUUUGGCAUAUGGAAUUCCCCAGAGCUCUCUAAGAAGGUUGGCAUUGUUUCAUAAGGCUGCUUACAACAUCGGUGGCCAUAUCAUCAGUGCAAAUGCAAUAGAGCAAUCAAUUUUUUGCUUCAAAACUCCCCGAAUAGGAUGGUGGCUUGAAACUAUCAUUUCCACUGCACUGAGGAAAAAGUCUGGGGAAGAAAGACAACUUAUCUCUUCAAAAUUGGGCCUUCCAAGUCCUCAACCUCUUGUUUGCUUUGGCCUCUGCACUGGCGCCUCUUCGGAUCCUGUGCUGAAAGUGUACACUGCAUCAAAUGUCAAAGAGGAACUAGAAGUGGCCAAAAGGGACUUUCUCCAAGCAAAUAUAGUUGUGAAGAAGUCAAAGAAAGUAUUCCUACCAAAGGUACUCGAAAGAUUUGCACGCGAAGCAUCCAUCAGCCCAGAUGAACUUCUCAAACGAGUUUCCGACAAUGUUGAUGUGGAACUCCACGAUUCGAUACAAAAAUGUAUGGAUCAUCGGACUGGAAAGAAAGCAUCUCAGAUCAUCGAGUGGUUACCUUACAGCUCAAGGUUUCGGUAUGUAUUUUCUACCAAUCUAACUGAAAAGACAUGGUGGCCGUGAGAUUCAUAAUGUCGUUAACUUAUCAUCCUAAGAAUGGGACGACCAAAAGUUUUCUGUUGAUUUGGUAGGAAAUCGAUUUAGGUAGUUGAAAGAAUUCCUCACCAUUUCAUUGUAUAUACAUUGGAUCAGAUUGUUGCAGAUUACCAAUCUGGUUCUGCAAGAAAAAGACUGCAUUUUGAGUAUCUUUCCAGACAAAUCUUUAGGAGAGUGAAGUAAUAUGAUAUCGUUUUGUUGAUGGCU